CAGGUUCAGCGGGCAGGAGGAGGAGCGCUGCCCGCUGAGGAGGGGUCUAUCUCCGGGUAUAAAUUCGUCUCUUCGCGCCUCCUCCCUCCUUCUUCUUCUUCCUCCUCCGACGGCUCCUUGCCCUCCUCCUCGUCAUUAUGGGCUUCGGUGACCUGAAAUCAGCCUCCGGGCUCAAAGUGCUGAAUGACUUCCUGCUGGAGCGAAGCUACAUCGAAGGGUUUGUUCCCUCUCAGGCUGAUGUAGCCGUCUUUGACGCCAUCUCGACGCCGCCCUCAGCUGACCUGUGUCAUGCCCUCCGCUGGUACAACCACAUCAAAUCUUACCAGAGCCAGAAGAACAGUCUUCCAGGUGUGAAGAAACCUCUGGGUCAGUACGGACCUGCAGCCAUGCCCGACACCACCUCCAGCUCUGCCGCCAUCUCAAAGGAUGAGGAGGAGGAGGAGGAUGAUGAUGACAUCGACCUGUUCGGCUCUGACGAGGAGGAUGAUUCAGAGGCAGCCAGACUGAAGGAGGAGCGUCUGGCAGAGUACGCUGCCAAGAAAGCCAAGAGUAAGUUACAUCACAGCCAGUCGCAUUAA